AUGGCUGUCACUCCUAAGGAAAAGGACAUUGAAUCAGCUAUCGACAUCUUGUUCCCAAAGUGGAGUGAACAGGAAGAGGUUGAAUGUGCUGGCAAUCUAUCCUUUGAGUUAUUAUUCAUGGCUAUGUGUCAGACCUUUGACCUCACCACUGUGGGCGGCUGGUUGAAAUUAUUGAAGAGGCUGGUUGUCAACAAAUCUCCUCCACGCAUGCAAAACAUACAGGUGCUGAGGUGCUACACGUCACUUAUUUUUGCGAACAGGGUCAACUUGAGCGUGGCCCUUCUAACUGGAGAGGAAUUUGUAUUUGCAUUGAAGCAACAAACAAUGUCUGCAGCUGAGAACUUGCUUCCAGAUAGAGGCCAAAAAGAAGUUUGUACUUCUUUCAGAUUGCUUAAGGACGACUUUGGACUGGAUUAUCCACGGCUAAAACGAUACAGCCAUCAACAGCGAGCUCUUAUUGCUGAAUCUUCAGAGUCCGCAUCUCUCAAAGAUUUUGUGAUAGAAAAUGCGUUGCGAAUAACGGAGAUCGGAUCUAAUUUUGUUGCUAAAGUCAAUGAAACGACAGAUCUGGACCAAUACACAAUUUACUUGCAAGAGAAUCAUGAAUUUGCUUUAAACCUGCUGUUGGAAGUUGUUGAAUACAACUCUCAAGUUUGGGCGAUUGUCAACUCACAUGUGAAAAGGUACUUGGUCCAGAACGGAAGAGAGGGUGAGGUAUAUGGCAAAGGAUAUCCUCCUUGUGAAGAAUUUCUCAAAAAGAUGAAGGCUAGCAGAUUCAAUGCAGCACCAUCAAGGAAAAAAGUCGCAAAAGAAGUGGCGUUGGUCAUCCAUCUGCUGACGCAAUUUGACGAUCGUGCUAGCGCAUCAGCACUGUUUUUCCUGCUCUGCAAGGACACAGAGUGUGUCUUUCUGCCCCCUGGAUGCACAAACCAAUUGAGCUUAAAUUUGUCAUGUUAUGUUUCGUUCUGGGAUGACUUUUUCAAAGCAAGGCAGAAUAUUGCCGAAAUUGUGUACUGCACCUACGAAGCGAAAAAGAAGGGAAAGGUAAAGGCAUCCAAGAAGAUUCUUCAGGACAUGCUUGCAAGAAAAUUAUCCAAGGAAUUGCUUGAUGCAAUUGAAAAGCAUGGAAAAGGUUUUGUAUGCACUAUCAUGGAACUUCUAUUCAUGGUCGCUGCUGAAAGCAGUCAAGAGCGCACUCAUAAUCACAUUCAUCUUGGCUCCGCCCUGACUACCAUGCAACUUGGAUCCGAUAUUGAGUUUGCAAAACGGCUUAAUGCCAGCAAGCUCCUUGCCUUCAGUCACCACAACCAGCGCAGUGACAAAAGUCUUGAGUGUUGCAUCACCCAAUUCUGUAAUGGAAGUCCUAGGUUGCUGUCACAGAUUGAAGAGUAUUUGAGGGGGAAGGAAGUCACAAAUGAUGCAAAGAAAGCACAGCAGGCACACAAAAAGAAGGCAAGAGGUUCGCACACCAAUAGUAGAUCAACCAGCACCCCUACCAGCAAGGAGGCAGAGGAGUCGGACCAAGGAGAAACUACAACACCAACCCAAGAUUCGAGGAUGUCACAUGUUGAUGCUCGAGAAGAAGAAGGAACAGACUCUGGACCUGAUGAAAACGAUGACACAAAUGACUUGCAACUAAGCACUGGCAAGAAACGGCCAAGAGAGGACAAUGAUGAAGAAGCGAGGACUAGCUUGGAGGACGAGGCUUCAGUGGCAGCAGAAGUUGCAGAGCGCAAGAUGGCACUUGACAGGAAAGAGCAAGAGUUGCUCAUCCGAGAAAAAUUCCUCCAAGAAAAGGAGGAACGCCUCAAGGCGGAGCAGCAAGCAUUUGACAACGGGAAAGAUGAAGAGCUGCAGAAGAGUCAACUUGACAAGAAAAGGCGAGAUUUACUCACCCUUGAAGAAGCCCUUCGAGAAAAGGAGCAACAACUCGAGAAACAGAAAGAAGCACAGAAGAAGAAGGUCAAGAAACUAAAAGAUGAAAAUAAAAGUGUGAACGAUAUUUGA